CUUCGAAGAUGUUUCCAUGGAAAAAUGUAUGCACCAUUUUACCAAAAGGUAUUCCCUUAAGAGUUAUCAUCUUAAGACAGAGCUCUUCUGCUUCUCUGGUCUUUCGGAAGCAGGAUCUCAUCAAAUAUGGAGUCGGACGAGAAGACAUGUUCACGUGCUCUAGUGCAUUUCCAAGACCUCGACUUAGAUUCUUCUCCGCGAAAUCAUCGCAAGAUAAGAAAGAAAGUUCCGUUUUUCAAGAGUUAGUCGAAUCACAAGAGCAGCCGCAAACACAGCUGACAGUUGGUGCUAAAGGUUAGCUCAAAAUUUUAAUCAACGUCAAAAUGUUGUUGCCUUGAAAUAUAAUUCUCUCCAUUCCGCACCUCUUUCCCAACCCCCUGGUCUAAAAGGAGCGAUCAAGGUAAUAAUCUUUAUUUCAGAAAAAGGAUUUCAAAGGAAUCCAUUAAUUCCAUUUUUGAGGCUGGAUUUUGGCUUUUGGCGGAGUACCUUGGCCUAGAGGCUCUCAAUAUCAUAUCGUCAUAACAUAAUUCUGUAGUAUUGCCUUGGUAGUCAGGAUAAAAACAACAGUUAUAGAAAUCCAUACUUCUCUGUUAAAAAGUUUAACCACUACUAGGGACAAUCCACGGGUCUCUAAAUACAAGAGAAAUCUCUCAAUCUCCUGUCUAGGUCAUAAAAUCUCCCAAAGGGAAGUAAAUUUGAUCAUCCUUUCCUGAAAAAUAGUUCACUUUUACACCAGUUACUCCAGAAGACUUAGGCAGUCUAAGAAAAAAAAUUUAGGUGAGGAUUAGGGGAUUCAAAAUUAAAUACCCCCUGAUCUCAGAUAUCAAGAAGUUGCCAUCUUUUGAACAGUCAGAAGCUUUUCCAAGUCUAUUUUGAAAAUUACAAUUAUGCAACAAUAAACAUACAAUGUAACUGUAGAGAAACAGAAGAAAUAUUCCUCAUAACUGGCUUUUGAGCUGCACCCUGUAGAGGGGAAAGAGGAAGAGGAUGCAUGUUAAAGAGAAAAGACAAGUAUUUGGGGGAAGGGGGUCUGCCUAUUUGAACGGAAUGUGUACUCUUACUAGUGAAAUUUUUUUUUGAAAAAUUAGUCAGCUAAAAUGUCUCUAAUAGGAGACUGCACUCUCUUCUCUCAUUCAUUCUACAUUCCCUUGUGUUGCUGUGUGUGAUAGUAAAAUUAGAAUUACUUUAUUUAUUAUUUAUUUAAUGUUCUUUCUUCUCUUUUGCUCCAGUUGUACAGGCUGGAAAAGAUGUCAGCUACUUUGGUAUUAUUCUCAUUGGAUUUGCCAUCACAGGUAGCUGUCAGUAUAAUCUGAUUAUCACUUUUACUCAGUAGUUUAUCCAGACCUAAGGGGAAUAUAAAGGGUAAAGCUGUUGCUGUGGAAUUAAUAGUUGAGCAUCUAGACUUGAGGAUUGUACCUUUUGCUUAUGCUCUUCCUAUCUUAUCAAACUUGCUAGAACUUUUCCCCUUCUAAAUUUGUAUUCAGUACAAUACAUCAGCUGGUUUUCAAGGUUAAGAUGCAAGCUUUAUGACUGAAUCCUAAUCGACAACAAUAUUUCUGCAAGCGAGUGGUCAAAAUACAGGAGGGGGUGAAAGGGGGGGACUUAUGAAAAAUAUCUUCAUCCUUAGUUAUUGUCCUUUUAACCUUUUAACCCCUAAGAGUGACUGGCAUCUAAUUUCUCCUUACCAUAUCACCCCUGAAUCAAAUAUUAAGGUCAGGAGAAUAAAGGAACUGAUCACGUGUGAAAAAAGCUCUAGAUUGUUCAACAAAUUCUCCUUUUCAGCACCUUAGGAAAUGUUUAGAGAAUGUUAAAGAGGAUAUACAUACUGAUGUUAGGGUGGAAAGGGUUAAAAAGUUGGGUUUGUGCUGUGGGGGGCUUGAAACACAGUGCAUAUUCUUUUUUUCAGGUAUUUUAAUUUGGUUCGUGGUGAGUGAGUUGUUUUUUGGCUUCAGUGCAAAUAAAGUUUACGCUAAAGCUCUUAAAAAGGUCAAAGCAAGUGCAGAGGUGAGGAAUGAAAAACUUGGCUUGAGUGAACUGUACAUAACUUAAAAACCACCACUAAGAAGCAUAGACCCUUUAUCAGCAUCUUAAAAUCUUUGUUACAUUUCUCAGUUAGAACAAUUGUUAUGUCACCAUGUUAUUCUAAGAGGGUUUAAUGUUUAGGGCAUAACCACUCAAAAAAAUACUAAAUAUUUUCCUCCAUUCAGGAGUUCAGGUAAAUUGGUGGUCAUUCCUGUCAACCCACUAUUAAAUCAGGACUCCAGACAACUUAUAACUGUUGGCUAGCUUUUUUAGUUCUGUAGGUUCAUGGGUCCUAAUUUUCAGAUAAUUACUGAUCUUAUGGCCUCUCAAUACAGGUAAUUGAAGCAAUUGGAGAACCAAUAAUGGGACAUGGAGAGACAAGUUCAAGAGGAAGAAGAAGACAUGUUAGGUACUUAUUGUAUUCUGUCAGAUACUUUGAGCUCAGAAUGAUGAAAAUACAAAAUUUUGAAAUGGGAUUUGAAUCAGCAGAAGAUUCACAAAAAUAUUGCCAGUGUGGUUUUUCAGGAAGAUAGUAUUUUCAUAAGCAGCAAUGUGCAUUUGCUGGAGCAUCAGGUAACCAGUGACCACUCACUGGUAGCUUUUAUCCACCUUGCCCAUGUAUUGUGUGCAUGUUCACGUAAGUAGAAACUGGUCAAGACUAAAACAUGGUUCUUUCUUGAACUCUUAUACCUCUCUUUCACUCUGAUUUUGGGUUUUUUGACUGAUUUUCCUUCGUAACAGUAGGAAAUACUGUACAGUGGCCUUGGCAUUAGCACACUGGAUUCUGUUUCAAAACUUCUAAGUUUAAGCCAUGGCAGGGGUAAUUUUUUCAAGUUCAAGGGCACGGCACUUUAUGGUCCUACUUCCUCUAUCCACUCAGGAGUAUUACGAGAUGUUUGUAAACGGUCUGGAAAACCUUAAGAAUUACUUGCAAUGGGUAAUUUGGGAUGGACUCAUAUUCAUCCACCCAUCCAUGGCUAGUUGCAAUACUUCGAGUUUCUGUAAGCUGCAGGCACAGGGGAAUACUCUGGCAGUUUUGUGAGUCAGUCAUUUUUACUCUUUUUAUACUUUCACAUUGAGUUUUUUUUAUUCUUACAGCUACCAAGAAUAUUUAGUGGAUGGUGAGAACUACAUGAGAGUCAAGUUUUAUGUGUCGGGACCCAAACGGAAAGGAACUGUUCAUGUUGAUGUGAAAGAGGUAACUUGAAUUUCUAGUUUUGAGAAGCAGGUGGCUGAGUGUUGAAAGCAGAAUUGCAGAACUCUUGCUUCUGUUAGGUCAUACUCUGUGAUUGGUCUAGGAGUCUCAGUGUCCUGGCAGGUGCUGUGGCGGACUCCAUAUCAUAGGUCUGGGUUUAAACCCUAGUGUGUUAUUUUGUGGUGUUCUUGAGGAAUAGUGUUUCCUCUCCCGAUACCUCUCUCCAUCCAGGGGUGUAAGUGAGUAAUAGAAAACUUCCAGGGAAAAGUAAUACAUUUCCAAGAGGUUACCUGCGGCGAAGAACUAACAUCCUUUUUUAGGUUUAUUUGCCGUAAUCCAAGUCGUUUGAUGCUCAUGAAACCAGAGUAAUGUUAACCGGAUUGGCCAAUGUUCUAACUUUUGGUGUUGGGUUUACAAUCCUCAAGUAGAGAGCGCUCAAGCAAUAAUAGCAGUUUUAAAUGACUGAUUCUGACCAUCAGAAUCAGUGACACGCAUCAACUCAUCGUCUGCCCCCUUCCCUUGUAACCUGAGCUUGUAAAAUGCACUCGACAUGUAGUUAGCACUGGCUUGUUCCACUGGGCACUCAGUCAGCGGAGAGAUGCGAAAGAGUGGCAAGCGACAAACAGCGGUUACUUCUUCUUUGCGUGAUCCUCGACAUUUUUCGCGCGCUUGCUUUCUGGCUUAUUUCUGCUGACUGAGAUCCUGGCACAGUUUAAGUUUGCACGAGAACGGAUAUAAGUGUUCAUUUUCAUCUUUUUCGGUUCCAGGGAUCACGAGGGGGCUUUGACUAUCGCUUCAUCUUCAUUGAACUCUCUGGAUCACCUGCUGAGACUAUCAUAGUGUUGGAUAAUCGAUGAGGUGUUCCCUGCAAAAAAACAAACAUAUCCAAGUGUGUGAUGACAACCAACAAAUUGAGCAACUUAUAGUAAAUCAUCUUUAGCCGGCUGAGUGAUACGUGGGCCGUGACGUAUGUAAUGUUGGUCAACGUCAUGGAACUAAACAGGCUUACAAUCUUAUUAGACGUGCUGGUUUCUUUCAUUUAUUUUUGUAUGACGUCCACGAAUAGCAAAAAUGGAUAAACAUGAAAAAAUGAUAAGCGUUUUCCCCUUUUAAAUUAGUUAUAAACGCCGAAAUAAAAAACAAAGCAAACAAAUAAAUAAACGAAUGAAAGUGUGAGCAAAGUGGGACAGGUAGCAAGCCUAGAACUGCCAUGAGAUCAACCAUCUCCACCAGUUUAUCACCAGUCUCCUUUCGUUUCUGUUGAAUUGCACUUGUCAUUUCCGUGUUAGUAUUGCUCUCAACACCAAGCUGAAGUCCGGCUCUCAGACUAAUUAUAAUUGUAUCCGGUCGCUUCGUGCUCACGGUUGUUUCCUGCCCAUUGGUCUCGUACCCAAACUCAGUCGAUUCGAACCCAAAUUCAAGUCGGUUCGUACACAAACCGCUGAUCGAUUCGUACAUUUAUUUUUUAUACUCGUGUGUGUCUAAUAUUUUUUCUCCAGUUGUCAACAUGAAAAACAUACUUUAUUAGUUUGGGUAGGAAACGACCGAGCUGGGUACGAAACGACUUAACUGAAUGGAGCACUUUUUCUGUUCUUGUCGUUGUUAUUUUUUCUUCACCGAUGAUUACUUUUUUAGAUCAAUAGUAUAACCAACGCACCGG